UGCUUUCCUCGCACUUUGGAAAAUAAUGUAGCAUGAGAACAUAAAUUUGACAAAAAGUUAAAAAUGUUAAACGAGUUUUAUUGACCCUGAUCACAGCAAAUUUUUAAAGAACAAUAUUUAUUAACAAAAGUAUAUUUUUCGUCCAGCAAAACUUUUCUGUCCCCAGAAACAAACAUCAAAAACAAGAUAUGAAUAAUUUCCUUUGCAAUGCAGAAACACUUCAUGCGGCAAAACGUGCUCUGAUUCUCUGUGGUUUAUGACGUAGGCAGCUGAGGAGAUUAAGUUAUUCUCACAGUGUAAACAUCAGAACUGCCUUAGUUUGUUGCUUGCCAUAUUGUCUGCUGAGCAAAUUCGUGUGAAUAGCUACACAAUUUUAAUCAGUUUUUUUUUCUAAUUUUUUUCUAAAUUAUUACCGGCAGAUUCAGUUUAUUUAGAAUUUAUGCAAAAAAGGAAAUAUUUAAUGUUUUAUUUAAACUAGUUAUACUUAGUAUAUAGAAUAGAAUUGUCGCUGGUGUUCAUUAUGUCUUUUAUUGCUAAUUGGAUUCGUUGGGUCAACCGUGCAAUAUGUAGUACAUUUAUCAUCGUACCGAUGGUCACUGCGUGGUUGGUAGUCCCUCUUACAAUGAUAGUAGUCGGAAUUCUGAACCUACGACACUGCAGUAUUGAGCCCAACAUACCAGUAUGGUUGGUGGUGGGUGGGUUUAUGGUUCUAGCGACCACCACCUGCGCUUGUAACUGCUGCCAGGUCAACAGUACGAGGGAAGAAGACGAGAAACGGUCGAAUUCGCAAACAAUUUGUUCAAUUUUGAUCACUAUAUUUCAUGUUAUCUGGUUCGUAAUUGGAAACGUCUGGGUGUUACGAAUAUUCGCACCUGUGACGCAACUGAGCGACGUAGUUGGAGCAAACAAGACAAUUACGAACAGUAGUAAUGCCACAACCGAAGUUACAAUCGAGUGCAGUCAUAUCACAUACUAUCUCGCAUUCACUGUAAUUAUGUUAACAUAUAUAUUGCUCGGUAUUUUGUUGUUGGUCAUUUUUAUAUCUUGUUUCGUGUGUCGUGUUAGAGAUAUUUAUAAUGUUAACGACUAAAAGUCAAAUCAACUUGGCUACUUCACCGAAAACCAGUUAAAAACAUUUUUUUACAUAAUAAGCAUUUCAGAAUUUUUGCGCGGACGCUGAGAUAUUUGCUGUUGAAAAAUAAAGACUGAGAAAAAAAUGAGAAGAACAAAAAAAGUGAUUUUGUUUUUUUAACCAGUGUUUUGGUAUUUUCCGAUAUAAACUUAUUCCCAAAACAUUAGAAGCCUAAUAUAUGUGAGCACUCAAACAAUGCCAACCAUUGGUUAGAAUAUUAACUUGAAUACAGAUGUCCACUUCUAUUGGUUUAAUGACAUUAUAACAGAGGUACCAUGUAAAUGUAAAGUACAGAAAGAAAUUCACUUUAUCUUUACCAGUGUAGGAUAGUUAUAGUAGGUUGGGGUAAGAUGUGACGUGUUUUCAUUCUCUUUUAUUGCCCAUUUGGUGGAAACACAAAAUAAAACGCAACAGUUAUAAAAACGUAUCCUCACGACUUCUAUAGACCGUUGUUAAUUGUUUAAAACACGAUUAGGAUAUUUGGAUAUUAAGCGCUAAAGGAGUCCCAUCUUACCCCACAGUACUUUACAGCAAAAAAUGGAAACUACUCAGUUAAAACUGUUAACAAUGUUGAGAACUUGAGAAUAUUAUCAUAGAAAGACAAACCAGUGGUGCAGGAAAAGAAAAUUAUUGUUUUUUAAAAGUUUAACUUUUUCCUAAUUUAAGUUUAAUUUUUUGCUUAAUUUAAUCAAUUAAACAGAAAGCAAUAAUUUUCUUUGCGCGCACCAAAGAACAGACAGUGUAUAAAUUAAAACACAAAUACUAUUUUA